AUGACACUUCCGUUGGCUAAAGAAAAAGCAGAGUUGGAUCUUGAAAAAUCCAUGAGUAUGGAAUCAAAAAAUUACCAUCUUCAUCCAGCAUCUUCACAAAUCAUGAGAAAACUCGUAUUUGCAUUAAUCAUAGAAACAGUUAGUUUAUGUAUGGCUUAUUAUGAAUAUGAUCAGAUUGCCCUUAUUCAUCCCAUGUUGGCUCCAACUUUAUUAGGUUGUGUUUCUGGAGCACUUGCACAAUCCACUAAUCAAUAUCUUAAAAAGAAAUACAGCUUGAAUAAAAUUGCCAAAUUUAUGGUAUGGGGAUCAAUAAAUGGAUAUUUCACAAGUGCUUGGAUUAAUAUUUUGGUUACAAAGAUAGAUAAUAUGUUUUAUAGAAUUAUCAUUGAUCAAACUGUGGGUGCUAUAGCAUUCCAAUUAAUCUUUAACAUUUUGAAUAGUUUAUGGGAUCAAGGUGAACUAUUUUCUCCAGCUACUAGAGCUUCAUUCUUUAAAUCUUUAAAAUACAGUUAUUGUUUUUGGCCAUUUUUUUCAAUUCUCCUGUUUUCAUUCAUACCCCAAUCCAUGAUGUUCCCAUGUAACUGUUUAGCAAACCUAUUCUGGAACCUUAUAUUAAGUAAACUAGCAUGA